AUGGAUGACAUUUGCGAGUAUGAUUCACGCUCCAGUCUGGUCAAUGCUGGCCAGGACAACCAAUCGGACGAUGGAGAGCGUGUAGCCAGCCUCGAAGAUGCCUCCUUUGGGAUUUCCUUGGUGCCUGUUGGCUGUGCAAGUGGAUAUCACCUGCUGAAUGAUGCUCGCUCCCCCGACCAGCGUGAGAUGAUUACGGCCUAUGAUGGCAGCGUCUAUUACGAGGGCAAAGCACUCGAAGUGAUCCAUGGGAACCUGUCCCCAGAAUCCAACGCCUUUGCGACUCUCUUAGUGUAUGAGUUUCGUUUCACUGGGAGACGACCAAAAGCCCGCAUCACCUGGGCCAGUGUUUCAUUCAAGUUUCGCAACUCCGACUCCAACUCGCCCGAGCUCAAAGUCCUCCAGUUCAGUCCAGAUCACCAGGGCCCGCUCAGCCCGGUCGAACAGGAGUAUGAGUCCAGCACCACGCUCAAAUGGCAUGCCAAAGCCGGUAUUUCUGUGGUCAGCGGGGGUGGGGCCUACGAUAAGUCCAAUGUUGUUAGGUGCACCAAAACGAAAGACACCAAGGUUGUGGGAACCCCCAUUAUCACCCCCUUCCAACGAGUGUAUGGGGUGAAAUGGACCCUAGAAGAGAACGAAGCCAGUCAGGCAGGGGUGCCGGACCGCAUUCGCACUGCAAUCCUGUUGGAGAGGUACACCGAGGAUCGAUUCGAAGCUACGGUGGAAAUCAACAUGAACGUGAAAAAUUGCUACUGGAUGGAAAGGUUGGGCGGGAUGAAAGACCAAAAUGAUCCAAUUCUGUACAACCCUAGUACACCCCCAACGAACCACCUGGGCAGGGUGUACGACCGCCAUCAUCUGGCGGCUGUCGACCUGAGCUCCUUUUAUAAAUUGUCUCUCCGAUAAGCCUUGACAGCUAGGCUGCUGGGACUUCGAUUCCCAUUUUGUACAAGGAAUGCGGCGUGGGCUGUGCCGUGGGCUGGAGAUGAGUGGGAUUUGCGCCGAAGGG